AUGGCGCUGGCGUCGGAGGCGGUGGUGGAGGGCAUAACGCUGGAGGGCGUGAGGGCGCUGAGGGACGCCGUGAGCGCCACGGUGCACGAUGUGCUCUACUACAUGAGCCCCGCCUACUGCCAAACCAUCAUACACUCGCUGACCUCCUCUCUGAACCGGCUGUACCGCAAGUUCAAGAGGCGCAAUCCGCUGUUCAGCGGGCGCGUGUCGGUGUUCGGGCACUCGCUGGGCUCCGUGCUGCUCCACGACAUCCUCUGCCACCAGCCGCCCCUCCCGCCCCUCCCGCCCUCGCCGCCCCUGCUGCCCCACUCGCGGCUGCCGCCGCCGCUGCUGGCAGAUGGUAGAGGCCUGGGGGCGAUGCAGAGCGGGCCAGCAGCACCACCUGAAGCAUGUGCUGCCGCGCCUGUGCCCCUGGCUGGGGACACACGUGCCUCAACACCCUCUCUCCCUGCCACCACCACUGCCAGCCCGGCCAUGCCUCAAGGCCCCACGCCCACUAGCGAUGAUGACUGCAGCCGUUGGGGGGCUGGGUGCAUGCCGGUGACAAGCAGGGCCAUGCACGGUGCAGGAGGAGAAAAAGGGAUCGAGGCGGGGGCACACGAGGAGGGGGAGGGUGGUGCAGUGGCGGAGCAAGGAAGGGCCUGGGAAGAUGGAGCUCGAAUGCAGGGAAGGGGCGGGAGUGAUGGGCAAUCAGAAGCCUGUGGGGCAGUGGAGGCGGACACAGAGACAGCAGAGCAAUUGAGGCGCAAGCUUGCACCCAACACCCCUCCACCUUGGCUUCGCCACAUCCUAUUUACCCUUGUCCUCCUCCCCUUCCCCUCUUGCCCCGCUCAGCUGGGCGAGCUGCAGAGGGAGGUGGAAGCGUGGCGGGCCGCCUUCCACCACCUCGCCUCCUCACUCCCCCACGUGCCUGCUGCUCGCCCUGCAUCCCUGUCGCCAUGCCUGCACCACACUGCUCCCCCAUGCCGUCGCGCCUCUCCUCCGUCCCUGGCCCCUCAGCCCCUGCACCCCCCUGCUUCCACCACCGCCCUCCUUGCUCUGCCACCCGCCCCUCCUGCUCUCCUCCUCCCAACACCAUUAUCGCCACCAGCACCAUCGCCUGCGUGCCCCCCCACCAGUCAAGCCACCAGCCCUGCGACAACGCCUGUGCAGCCGUCCUCGCCCCCUCUGCCAGCCGCCCCGCUCCCCUGCCCUGCCAGUACCUUGAGCCUUCCUUCUCAUUCCACUGCCAGCUCUCCUCGUGCUGCCCCUACAGGCAAUGCAUGCGUGGUGGGCGCAGGUGACAUACUGAAGGGGGACGGGGGUGAGGCGAGCAUAGGCAGCCGGGCAGAGGCGGGAGGGGGUAGACAGGUAGCAGGAGCAGGGGAGAAGGCGAAGGAUGGGGAGGGUGUGGUUGUGGGGGCAUGCGGAGGGGAGGGGCGAGGAGGCAGGAAACGCAAGGGUGGUGGAGGAAAGGAGGGAGAUGGGAGCUGUGUAGGGAGAGGAGGGGGUGUGUCGAGAAGAGGAGUGGGUGCAGUGGAGGAGGGGUCAACGAGAUGGAAGAGCACGGAGAGGAGGGCCAGGGAGGUGGGCGAGACGAGCAGACAGAGGAGGAGGAGGCGGUUGGAGGGGAAGGAAAAGCUCGCUGCUUCUGCUGCAGUUGAUGCUCGUGAUGCGGCUGGGGCUGGGGCGAGUGGGGAAGCUCUGGGAUGUGAAGCACGCAUGGGGAGAGGGGCGGAUGAGGCGGCGAGGGACGAGGGUGGGGAAGGGAUGGGUGGAGCAGUGGGGCAGGCACGGUGUGAGGCAGAGGCAGAGGCAGAGGCAGAUGCAGAGGCAGAGGCAGAUGCAGAGGCAGAGGCAGAUGCAGAGGCAGAGGCAGAGGCAGAUGCAGAGGCAGAGGCAGAGGCAGAUGCAGAGGCAGAGGCAGAGGCAGGAGUGGAGGCAGGGAGGGUGGUGGAGGUAAGGAGUAAUGGCGAUGGAGUGCGAGGCUACAAGGGAUGCAGUGCGGGUUGCGAGGGACGCAGGGGGUGUGGUGAGAGAAGCAGGGAGGAGGGUGGGGAAUGUGGGCAUGACGAGCAGGGCAGUGAGUGUGGCGUGGCAUGCGCUCAAGUUGCAGUGGUGCCAGCGAUAGAGGGGGGCGGUGGGCGAUGUGCGGGGGAGGGGCAUGGGGAAGGCAGUGGGGAAGGGCGAGUGCAUGGGGGAGAGGGGCUGCAUGGGGAUGCGCUGUCUCAUGGGGAUGCACCCAGUUACGGGGAUGUGGUGGUUAGCUGUAGGUUGGAGUGGAAGGAGGGAGAGGGCCGUGCAGAGGGCCGUGCAGAGGGCCGUGUGGAGGGCCGUGGAGAGGAGAUGGGUGGUGCAGCUGGUGCUGUGGAGAGUGGUGGAGAGGCGCGGCUGGGUUGGGAAGAGACACAUGAAGGCGGGGAAGAGACGCAUGAAGGCGGGGAAGAGACGCAUGAAGGCGGGGAAGCGGAGGGCGGAAGAAUGGGAAGAGAGUUGCUGGGAGAGGAUGGAAGAGCGGUGGGGGAUGGGGGAAUUUUGGAGGAUAAGGGAACAGCUGGAGAGGGGUUGGGGUGGAGUGCGAGUGAGACGCUUGAAAAUUCAAGUGCGAGAGAAGGGCAUGUGGGGGGAGGGGGGACACCGGUAAAGGAGGGGUUGGAUGAGAGAGAGGUGGAGAGAGAAGAGCGAGAUGGCAUGGAGGCUGCUGCAGGGGUGGGAAGAGGGAGGGGCACAGCAGGAGCGGCAGGGUGGAGGGGCGAAUCCCGGGCACAAGGGAGAGGCGGCGGCAGAGCAGCAGCAUCGCGGGCGCCGCCGCGCCAGCAUGCACCGUCCAUCCGCUAUGGCCGCCUUCUGUUCCCUGUGGACACGUUCUUCGCGGUGGGGUCGCCCCUCGGCCUCUUCCUCGCUCUGCGCAACAUUCGCCUCGGCGAUGGCGCAGGCAGGGACAGUGCGCGGUACUGGGGCAUGGAGGGCGUGCAGGAGGAGCUGCCAGCGUGCCGCCAUGUGCUCAACAUCUUCCACCCCCACGACCCUGUCGCCUACCGAUUGGAGCCCUUGGUGUCGCCGCAGUUGGCGUCUGUCCCUCCGGUGCUCAUGCCGUACCACCGCGGCCACUACCGCACACACAUUGUAGUCAAGCGUUUUUUCCAGCAGCUGAGAGACAGCCUGAGAUGGCUGUACCAUGCAGUGGUUUCACCACUGCAAUAUGUGCUGAGGUCCGCAUGGAGUUUGCUCUGCUUCGCCCCUCCACCUCCUCGACCCGCGCCGGCCCCCGACAGCAGUGGGAUGCCGGUGUUGGAUGCGCGAUCGCAGCACACGCUCACACUCCUCACAGGCUCUCCACACGGCCGUAUCGACUUCAUGCUGCAGGACCCCUCCUUCCAGCAUCAAUACCUGCAGGCCAUGAGCUGCCACUU